AUGACGUUCGAGCCACAUAAGAAACAAUCUAGGAUGACUGCAUUUUUUCAUAAACAACCAGGUGAACAAGGUGAGGCAGCCAUAAACGAUACACAACCAGCGUCACGAACACAAGUCAGACAAGAAUAUCAAGCCGUAUUGGCAAGGAUCGAAUCAGCUAGUCAAGACGAUCCAUGGAAUGUCGAAGAACCCCUUGACAACAAGAAGCAAUCGUGCGAACGACACGGCGAUUUAUCGAAACUUGUUUCUAGGACGGGUGGUCCAACAAUUCAACCACGCAUUAUAAAAAUGAACAAGAGGAACAAUCUUGAUUCGGCCAUUGUGAAAAUGAAGGAAAAGUGUUCCUUGGAACAACAGAAGAAACAGCUACAAAACGUAGUGGUGGCUGCUGCUACUAAGGUGAACAAUGGCAUAACUGAGCCUCGCAUCAAGGUAGCCACGAUACGGAGCGAUACGAGUGUGUCAGCGAAAGAGUUUGAAAAACGAUUGAUGGAACGGAUAAAAGCGAAGAGCAGGAGUAGUAAAAAGUAG